AUGUCGUCCUCUCCGGCAGGCGCGAAGCCUGAAAAGACCAUGUCGUCACGUCUGCUCACAAUGAAGUUCAUGCAACGCGCUGCGGCGACGGCAGUUGCCAAAGAAUCUCAGUCAGGAUCCGAGAAUGGCCCGCCUACUCCGAAGCGCGCCAGACUGUCAACCGAGGCCCAGAGCCCGGGGACACCGGGAACACCACAGGCAGAACUCGAUGCGAUCAAUGCAGCUUUGAAAGCAGAGGAGGACAAGCGCCGAGCUGCUGCUGCACGACAGGCCGCCGAGGCGGGCGAGACUGAAUGGGUGCUAGACAUUCCCACUGCCUCUUAUCCUUCACAGCCCAUGGUCGUGGCAGCCGACUCAUUAGAUACUGAAGGUGACACUCCGCGUGGAGGUCGGAGGUCAUUCGGCAAUUUCAAGCGCAAGCCGAAAUACGCCUACACAGGAGAAGAUGAUGAAGAAAUGAAUGAUGAGGAGAAGGAGGAACUGAAACAGAUCGAUCCUGAAGACUCUGACCAGAUGGACGCCUUCAUGGAAAAGCUGAGGGCUAAUGCUCAAGCCAGAGCAUUGAAAAGAAACAAUACCCACAACUUCAAGUUGUCCGAGCUGACAAGUAUCUCCGGUGGAGGUGGGCGCCAACCCCAAAUGGGAAGACCUUCGUCAGAAAAGAAAACAAAGAAUAAGAAGAAGCGCAAGAGCGGUUGA